UUUAAUCAGAUUAUUAAGAGAUAGUGGAGAUUUGUUUAUUUGCACAAAGAUAUAACUCAGUAUACAUGUAUCUCAUAACAACAUAUCUAUAGGGACAUUAACAUUCGUUUGAAACAUGUAAAAGGUUCAAAUUUCGAUUUGAUUACAAUAAAAGUUUCACAAAUGACAAAAUGGCGAUGAAGGGCAAGUGUGUAGCAGACGGUAUCUAAAUAAAGGAAAAAGAAAGUUUGAGAACGAACCAACAAUGGAAGUUCCUGGUAAACAAAAACCAAAAAAGACAUUUUCUGUUUCACGGGGCUCUGCUGAGGACUUUCUUUUGUUCUGUAUCCCGUGUGAUAGAGAUGGUGCCCGGGUACCAGCAAAAGGUUAUUGUUCAACCUGCAAAGAACAUCUUUGUGACACUUGUUACAAGCAUCACAAGAAACAAACUCCAUCACGUCAUCAUAUUCUAUUAGAUCAAGACUCUAUGCCAACUACACCAAGCGUUCCAAUAGUCAAAGACGAAUUUGAUAGUUGUGAUGAUCAUGGAGACGAAAAACUGAAAUUCUACUGCAAUGAUCAUGACAUCUUUGUUUGCAGUGUUUGUGUAACGCUGGAUCACAGGUUAUGUAAUGUGGAAUACAUACCGAAACUCUCGAAGCAUAUUCUAGACAGUGAAGAGCUUAAUGAAAUAAUGGCAGAAAUGAAAGCACUGGAGGAUAAUUAUUACUCACAGAUAAAGAGAGUAAAAGAUGAGAUAAAAGCUAUUUCUCAAAACCAUGAUGACGUAAUAAAGGCGAUUCGUCAAUUCAGAAAAGAAAUCAAUAUACGUCUAGAAGAAAUGGAGAAACAUGUUGUUAAAGAAGCAGACAACAUGCUACUUAAACAACAAACGAAACUUAAUAGUAUAUCAACAGAUGUACAAGAAAUCACAGAUAAACUGGCUAAGAGACAAAAACGCCUUGAUAAUCUGAUACACAGAAAAUGCCUUGAUAAGCUGUUUGUUGAAAUGAAAGAAACAAAGAAAGGAGUUGAAGAAAUGAGGAUGAAGCAAAAACAAUAUAGUCGUGAAGAAGUUUUCCAGACUGUAUCAUUUGUCAAAAACAGUGAUAUUGUCGAUAUGUUAGAUAGACAUAAACAACUCGGAGAACUUAUUACAAAGAAAGCAUCCAUGGGUGAAAAUGUUCCAGUGAUGAAACCUACAUCAACACCGUCUGAGGAUAAGACGCUAAAUCUUGAGGUUGUUGAAGAUAUAGAUUUGAAUUCUUCAUCGGGAAACACAAAAUGUAACAUAACCGGGAUAGAAGUCAUCAAGCCGGACAAUAUUGUUGUUUGUGAUUGCAGCGGCAAUAAAAAUGUAAAAUGCUAUGAUAUAGUUCAGAAAAAAAUUGUUUCAGAGAUAAAACUAGAUAAUUCACCGUUUGAUGUUGCAGCUAUAACGGAUGAUAAGUUCGUCGUUACUGUACCUGGUGACAGAAGUAUUCAUUUCAUGUCGCUGAGAAAUCAACGCAUAGUUUCUGAUCGUAAGGUGAAUAUCAACGAGGAAUGUUAUGGAAUUGCUUACAGCCAAGAUAAGCUUGUUGUGUCAUGUAAUUAUAAUCCAGGGAAAGUUUUAGUUCUUGACCUACAAGGUAAAAUAUUGCAAAAUUUUAGUGGAGAUAAUAGUCUGUUCUGUUUACCCUUUUAUAUCACCGUGAAUACAGCUGGAACGUCUAUAUAUGUUAGUGACUGUGGUUUACUGUGAAGGCUGUAAAACAACUAGACUGGCAGGGAAACAUUAUAAAUACCUAUCAACCAGCACAGGGAGGAAACUAUCUACGAGGUAUUUGUGAAUUAAAUGAUGGCACAUUUCUUGUUUGUUUAUGUCAAGAUAGUGACGACAAUUUACAAAGAGUAUCAGACAGCUGUAAGCCGUGUAAGAUAACGAUGAAUAAGAAGCUUGGUAGUUGGUUCCCGGGAGCUGUCGCAUACUGUCAGAAAUCGAGAAGACUUUAUGUGUCUUAUUCUGAAAUAGGGAGUCAUAGACCAAAACAUCGGAUAAAAAUCUUUAAGGUUGACUGGUGUUAAGUUACAUCAUGAUGAAAAGUAUACAUUUAGUUUGAACUUUUACACGUUUCAAUGUAACAGAAUGUUUUUAUAGAGUUAUUGUUCAAAAUGAUAUUUAUAUGAUAUUUAUGUGAUUAUGUCUUUUGAAAUCAAAAUGGUGGGCUCGAAAAUAUUCUGUCAAUAUUUUUACUUAAUUAUGUUUAUUUAUUUUAGGAAUGAUUUCAGUACAUACUAAAUCUUUAGACGGUUUGUAAAUUAUGUUUGCCAAUCGAAUAGAAAUUUUACUUAUGGCACGUCCAUUUAGUGAUUGAUUUAAAUUCCGGAAGAGUUAUGUUGAAUAUAAUAAAUAAUUUCCCACUUCAUUUUCUUUCCUUCGUUUUUACUUUACUGUGCUAGUAUAUAUACCCUUAUACCUUUAAAACGCUUAUUUAAAUGUGCCGUAGCUUUCGGCCUUUUGGCCUUCUUCAGCAGCAUUUAUUAUAUUAGUAAUAAAGAUUUUUGACAGGUUAUAUGGUCCUAUUUAAACGGUUGUUUGUAAAUAUAACCCGAGUCGCUAGGCGAGGGUUAUAUCGAAAACAACCGUUUAUAUACGGCCAUAUAACCUGUCAGAAAUGUUUAUAACGAAUUUAUAAUAAAGCAAGCAUCAUUUUUAGAGGAAUAUAGCGAUAUUUUUUUAUAAAUCGACAGCAGCCGUGUAUAUAAAACUUUAUAAUACUGCACGUUUGUAACGUCAUUUUUCAUUGGAUAAUCGUGACGUUUAUAUUAUUAGUUAUAAAGAUCGUUGACAGGUUAUAUGGCCCUAUAUAAACGGCU